AUGCCUUUUCUCUCUCUCUCUCUCUCUCUCACUCUCUCUCUCUUUCAAUAUUUAUUUUUAGUUCUCUCAUUCUUUCCCUAUCGAUGUUUCUUUCUAUCUCUCACUCUAAAUGUUCCUUUCAGUCAUUUUCUUUCACUCUCUUUCUUUCACUAUUUCUCUCUCUUUAACUCUCUCUCUUUCACUCUUUCACUUUCUCUCACUUUUUCUCUCUCUUCCAUUCUUUCUCUCUCUUUCUCUUUCCUUCACACUUUCUCUCUCUUCCACUUUCUUUCUCUUUCUCUCGCUUUCAGUCUCUCUCUCUUUCUCUCUCUUUCACUUUUUCUCUCUCUCUCUUUCACUCUUUCUCUGUCUUUCUUUCUUUCACUCUUUUCUGUCUUUCUUUCUUUCACUCUUUCUCUCUUUUUCACUCUUUUUCUUUCUUUCUCUUUCUUUUUCUUUCACUCUUUCUCUCUUCCACUCUUUCUUUCUCUUUCUCUCGCUUUCAGUCUUUCACUUUCUUUCACUUUUUCUCUAUCUUUCACCCUUCCUCUUCUCUCUCUUUCACUCUUUCUCUUUGUCUCUUUAGAUGUAUAA